GCCAGAGCCGAAAUGGGCAGAGGAGGAGGAGGCGACGGCGGCAUGAGCAGAGGAAAAGCGUCAUGAGAGGAAACGAGAUAUUAGGGGAACAUGAAAAGAGCUCAUUGAGAAUCCUCUUGACAGCUCUGCGAUGAAGGCACGCUAAUCAUUCUCACCUCUCAUCAGCCCUCAGCUUCCUCCUCGAGGUCAGAGACAAGAUGGGCGGGUUCCCCAGUGCUCUCGGAGGCUCAGGUUGGAAGGAAAGGAGCGACUGGAAAGACCAUGAGCUGGAAGUACGCUUGAAGUCUCAUUCUCGGCAUCCAGUAGCUCGAGCGCACUCGGAGAAGAACUUGAGCAACCGGCACAGCUCGAGGUUGUCAGUCGACGGGCAUGACCUCUCCCACCGCCAUCACUUGGCUUCAGCUGCUGCAACUCCUAAAAACUCUCCGACCAAUGCGAAGAUGAUGAAGCCUGGACAAUGGUCCACUCACAACCCGUUGGAAAGAAGAUAUUAUGAUGAAAGGGCUGACAAGCCUGAUAGAUCGCGCAGUUUAGAGGCUAUUGGACCCCGUAUGGCCCAUCAGCAUUCUUCUCGUUUACAGCAGAAUGUUGCCCGUUCACACAAUCAAAUCAAUGUUUACAAGGAGGACUCAGCAGCAAAGCUAGACCCUGACAAAGAGAGUGCAUCGGGCAAGAGCAAGACGUCAUCACCGCUACGGCAAGAGACCUAUCGGACGAGAAAUGAAAUCCUAAAGAGCUUGAG